UGUCUCCAUCGAUGGAAGAUAUUCCAAGUUCAAAUUCCGUUGACGACGGUUCACAAAAAGAUAGUUGCGAAAUACAACUUGAAUAACGUUUUAAACAUAAAUAAUUAUUAGCAUUCUCGCAAUGUUGUUGCCAUUCCCAUGUAAUCCACCUACUCACUAUUUUUUCUCGCUCCCAUCAAAUAUCACACACAAAGAAUGUUAAUAUACUAACCACAUCCCUCAUUAUUCCCAAAUUAACCACAUCCCUUCAUUUAUCACUAAAUAGCAUGAUUGACGAAAGAAAAAAAUAAAAAAUAAAACGGGAGGCAAAAACCGGUUAAUUUGGCUCCAUACCCGAAAGCGUGAGAUUCCAUUUUCCCGCUCAUUCAAAUAUUUGAAAAGAACCGGCCCCAAAUCCACCUCCUCCCUUUAAAUAAAUAUCUUUUCCGCAGGUACGUACGCUCUCCGCUGCGCGCUUGCUGCUGCCGCCUUCAGAUCCCAAAACCCCCAAACGCUCGUUUAAGUUUUGAAAUUUGUAACCCCGCCAUUUACUCAAAACCCUCCCCCUUUUUCCCCCCUUCUUUCUUAACGGUCUUCUCUUUCUCUCUCCUCUCUCUAUUUCUCUAGUCUUCUUCAGUCUUUGGUCUUCAUCACCUUCCCUUUCCCUCCAUAUUCUCUCUACCAUGGCGGCUCCUGCUGCCCCCCCGUCUGGGCCUUCCACCAGGAAACACGGCUAUAGCCGUAAGCAGAAGUCUCUCGGCCUCUUGUGCUCCAACUUCCUCGGCUUGUACAAUCGCGACGGCGUUACAUCCAUUGGCCUCGACGACGCCGCUUCACGAUUAGGUGUUGAGAGGCGACGGAUCUAUGACAUCGUCAAUGUCUUGGAGAGCGUUGGGGUUCUUGCACGGAAGGCAAAGAACCAAUAUUCUUGGAAAGGAUUUGGGGCAAUCCCUAACGCGUUACAAGAGCUCAGGGAAGAGGGUCUAAGAGAGAAUUGCAUUAACUUUGCUGGCAACGACGAUGCAAAGGUUUCAGAUGAUGAGGAUGAUGAAGAGAGAUGUGGGAGUCAGCUGAACGACAAGUCCAACCCUACUGUCAAUCCUCAACCUCCAGCAGACCAAAAACCAGAUAAUAGAAGGGAAAAGUCUCUGGCGCUUCUUACGCAGAAUUUCGUGAAGCUCUUUGUCUGCUCCGCUGAAGAAAUGAUCUCCCUUGAUGAUGUUGCCAAGUUAUUGCUUGGGGAUGCACAGAGUGCAUCAGCAAUGAGAACAGCUAAAGUAAGGCGGAUUUAUGAUAUUGCAAAUGUUUUGUCCUCCAUGAAUCUCAUUGAGAAGACCCACACACCAGAUACAAGGAAACCUGCAUUUAAGUGGUUGGGAUUGAGAGGUAAAGAGGAGAAUUUGGUUCCAAACGAGUCUAGAAAAAGAGCAUUUGGUACAGAUAUCACAAACGUCAUUUCUAAGAGGGGCAAGCUGGAAUCUUCUAUUGGUGGGGAGUUGGAUGCACAAAAACAAAGGCAACAUGAUUUGGAGGACUCAAAAGAUGGUUCAAAGAGCUAUCAGUUUGGUCCUUUUGCUCCUGUCACUAUUGCCAAACCCGGGAACAGCAACAUGAGGAGGGUUCAUGACUGGGAGAAGUUGACCUCUACAUAUCGUCCUCAGUAUCAAAACCAAGCUUUGAAGGAUCUGUUUUCUCAUUAUAUGGAAGCAUGGAAGUCAUGGUACUCUGAAGUUGCUGGGAAGAAUCCAAUCCGAAUUUCUUGAUGCUUAUCCAUUUUGACAUGCCCGCUUCUCCGUUUUGACAUGCUCCAAUUGAUUCAAGGAAACCACUUCAAUUCAACUCUCGUUGUUGACCUGCCAAAGAGGAGAUGGCCCCUUGUUGGAUGCAUUUCUCUGUGCACCAUGUUAGAAUGGCAAUCCUCAGAACUACCACACUUAACCGUCUUAGUUUGACAGUCUCACAGAUUUUUUUGUUUUUGUUGAUUUUUUUUUGAAUUGAUGGCUGGUCAGAGAUGUGCAUGACUGCUCAUGUAUGUUGUAGCACAUAUGUUUAGGGUGGGUGGUGUAAAUUCAGGUUGGAAUUUCGAAGUUGGGCCAGUUAUACAUGACAGGUUCUCAUGAGCUCAUCCUUUUGAGUAAAUCGUAUUAGCAAAUUUCUGAAGCUUGCUUGGGUUGCGGCUGCC